AUGCCCACUCAAUCUACAUUAUCCUCGGAUGACAAGUCUAAAGUGAAGAGCGCCGUCCCUAAUUCCUCGAAUAAGAUCCAGACUGCCGCACUUGCUCGGAUUUACUAUGCACAUCCUGAUCCGAAUAGGUGGUCGUACGCGGGAUUACAGGGCGCCAUCGUGUUCCUGAAGGAUAACUCAAAGGGUGGUCGAUGGUACUUGCGAAUGGUCGACUUGGUGGGCACCCGAGGCGUGAUCUGGGAACAUGAACUCUGGGAGAGGUUCGAGUAUUUCCAGGACCGGCCAUACUUCCAUUCAUUCCCUGGAGAUGAUUGUAUGAUUGGUAUCGUCUUCGCAGACGAGAGCGAAGCUAAAACCGUCUUCAAGAAAGUCACAAACCGCAAAGAGACCAAAGCGAAGAAGUCAUCCCCGUCGGGCUCAACUCCCUCCACCCCUACACGGUCGAAUACUACCAAAUCCAAGAAAGGCGGCCGAAUCGACAAAUCCCUUAUCAGCGGACCUACCUCUGGUUCCUUCAUUCACGUCGCCCACAUGGGCUACGACGCAGACAAGGGAUUCACCUCCAGCGGCGUUGAUCCUUCAUGGACCGCUCUCCUUGGUGACCUACAGUCACACGGCGUUGAUCAGGAGAUCAUCAAUGAGAAUAUGGGAUUUAUCAAGGACUUCAUCCGCGAUGCGCAGAAGAGCGGUGCUCCCGCUUCUAAUGGCAACAGCGGAGGAGCGAAGAAGAAACCACCUCCACCUCCUGCGCCGAGAAGAAACCAAGGGGGAGGACAUGCCAAUCAAGACUCCGUAUCCUCCAUUCCACCACCUCCAUCCCCUGCACCACCUCCCCCUCCACCUGGCAGGCCACCCCCUCCACCCGGCCGUUCAGCUCCUCCUCCCGCCCCCGCUCGGAGCUCUCCAGCGCCGCCUCCAGCACCACCUGCUGCCCCAUCGCGUGGCGGACCUCCUCCGCCACCACCGCCUCCUGCUCGCUCGGCGGCAGCUCCACCUCCCCCGCCCCCACCUCCAACUCGUUCUGGAGGAGCUGCUCCUCCUCCUCCACCACCGCCGCCCCCUCCACCACCACCUCCGGGCGGCUCUGGUGCGCCACCCCCACCGCCCCCACCUCCACCACCCCCUCCACCAGGCGGUUCGGGCGCACCUCCACCUCCCCCUCCACCACCGCCUCCUUCCGGAGGUGCGCCAGCCGUCUCCGGCCUGCCUCCGCCUCAACCAGGUCGCGGAGAUCUACUCGCUUCUAUUCAAGGCAAAGGUAUACAUUCGCUACGGAAGGCGGAUUCGACGUCGGCUGGGGGAAGUGGGGCGCCUUCGAGGGCUACACCGCCGCCGAGGACGGAUUCGGCAGCGGGUGGGAGCAGCGAGGGGACUAGCGGAGCAGCGGGAGGCGGAGAUUUGACGUCCGCGUUGGCGGCGGCUUUGAUGCAGAGGAACAAGAAGUUGGGCGAUAGUGACGACGAGGAGGAAGAUGAGGAGGACUGGGAUUAG